UGUAUACAACCACUUAGAGAAAAUGUUUCGUUUAGGUGCUCGUCAAGUUGCCCGUUCUACCGGUGCUAGAAACUAUGCCACUUUACGUGAAAUUGAAAUGCGUCUUAAGUCCAUUAAGAACAUUGAAAAGAUCACCAACACCAUGAAGGUUGUUGCUUCCACCAGAUUAAACAAGGCCCAAAGAGCCAUGACCGCUUCUCGUGUGUUCCACAAGUCUGAAGCUGAAUUCUUGGAAAACACCGAACCAGAAAAGAACGCAGAAGAAAAGACCUUACUUGUUGUUGUCUCCUCCGAUAAGGGUUUGUGUGGUUCCAUCCAUUCCCAAAUCUCCAAGUACGCCAGAAAGAGAAUUGCCGAAUUAAACGGUAAUGCUGACGUUGUUGCCAUUGGUGACAAGGUUAGACAACAAUUAACCAGAACCCACGCCGACAGUGUCAAGUUGGCCUUCAACGGUAUCGGUAAGGAAGCUCCUAACUUUUACGAAGUUGCUUUAAUGGUUGACGAAAUCAAGAAGUUGGGUGAAUACGCCAACAUUGAAGUCUUAUACAACAAGUUCACCUCCGGUGUUUCUUUCGAACCAUCCACCUUCAACGCCUACACUGCUGCUGCCAUUGAAGCCGCUCAAGGUUUAAGCAAGUACGACUUGGAAUCUGAAGACAUUUCCUCCACCGCUUCCGAAUUCGGAUUGGCCAACUCAUUAUUAUCCGCCAUGGCUGAAGGUUACGCCUCUGAAAUCUCCGCCAGAAGAAACGCUAUGGAUAACGCUUCUAAGAACGCUGGUGAUAUGAUCAACAAGUACACCAUCUUGUAUAACAGAUCCAGACAAGCUGUCAUUACCAACGAAUUGGUUGAUAUUAUUACCGGUGCUUCUUCCUUGGAUUAAGCGUUUUUAUAUACAACAUUAUAUAUAUAUUAAAAGAGGUUUCUCUCAAUACAAAUCAUACAUCGUGC